GCGCGCUCUUGACGUCCGGAGCCCCUGGAGUAGGCGCUUCCGGCCAUUCAUACUGCAGUCGGUCAGUGUUCGGUUGAAGGAUUCUGUGUGCUGUCGGACCCAGAGGGUGACGGCGCCGCUAGGAUGAAGCUCGUGAGAUUUUUGAUGAAAUUGAGUCAUGAAACUGUAACCAUUGAAUUGAAGAACGGAACACAGGUCCAUGGAACAAUCACAGGUGUGGAUGUCAGCAUGAAUACACAUCUUAAAGCUGUGAAAAUGACCCUGAAGAACAGAGAACCUGUACAGCUGGAAACGCUGAGUAUUCGAGGAAAUAACAUUCGAUAUUUUAUUCUACCAGACAGUUUACCUCUGGAUACACUACUUGUGGAUGUCGAACCUAAGGUGAAAUCUAAGAAAAGGGAAGCUGUUGCAGGAAGAGGCAGAGGCAGAGGAAGAGGAAGAGGACGUGGCCGUGGCAGAGGAAGAGGGGGUCCUAGGCGAUAAUGUCUCUCAAGAUUUCAAAGUCAUACGGGAUUUGGGAUAUUUUUUGUACAGGUUGUGUUUGUUUAUGUCAGUUUUUAAUAAACAUAAAUGUGGGACAGA